AUGCAUCUUUGUCCUAAAUGUUGUUUUUUCUUUCUCUUUCAGUACACAAUUUGGAAUUUUGUCCCCAAGAAUCUGUUUGAGCAGUUCAGAAGGAUAGCCAACUUCUAUUUUCUUGUUAUCUUCCUUGUACAGUUAAUGAUAGACACCCCAACUUCCCCAGUCACCAGCGGCCUGCCUCUCUUCUUUGUGAUCACAGUGACUGCCAUUAAACAGGGCUACGAGGAUUGGCUAAGACACAAAGCGGACAACGAGGUGAAUGGAGCUCCGGUGUUUGUGGUUCGCAGUGGAAGUCUGGUGCAGACAAGAUCCAAGAACAUCAGGGUGGGGGACAUUGUUCGUGUGGCUAAAGACGAGACGUUCCCAGCUGACCUGGCGUUGCUGUCAUCAGAUCGUGGAGAUGGCACCUGCCACAUCACCACAGCCAGCCUCGAUGGAGAGACCAACCUAAAGACUCACUACUCUGUGGCAGAGACGGCAGUGUGUCAGUCGGUGUCCCAACUGGAGUCCCUGCAGGCUGUGGUGGAGUGUCAACAACCGGAAGCCGACCUGUACAGGUUCGUCGGUCGGAUUACGGUGACUCAGCAUGGAGAGGAGAUAGUCAGACCGCUGGGCCCAGAAAAUUUGCUGCUGCGAGGAGCCAGGUUGAAAAAUACCAAAGAGAUUUUUGGUGUGGCUGUUUACACAGGAAUGGAGUCCAAGAUGGCCCUCAACUAUAAAUGCAAGUCCCAGAAACGCUCUGCAGUAGAGAAGUCCAUGAACACCUUCCUAAUCAUCUACCUGGGCAUCUUGCUGUUUGAGGCCGUCCUCAGCACUAUCUUGAAGUAUGCCUGGCAAGCUGAGGACAAAUGGGACGAGCCUUUCUACAACCAAAAGACUGAACAGGAGAGAAACAGCAGUCCUAUCUUGAAGUUCAUCUCAGACUUCUUGGCAUUUCUGGUCCUCUACAACUUCAUCAUCCCCAUCUCGCUCUACGUUACUGUGGAGAUGCAAAAGUUCCUGGGCUCCUUUUUCAUUGGCUGGGAUUUGGACCUUUACCACGAGGAGAGCGACCAGAAAGCUCAGGUCAACACCUCUGACCUCAAUGAGGAGCUGGGUCAGGUGGAGUAUGUGUUUACAGAUAAGACGGGGACGCUAACCGAAAACGAGAUGCACUUCCGUGAGUGUUCAAUUAACGGAACAAAGUACCGCGAAGUCAACGGUAAACUGGUACCAGAAGGAAUGACUGACGAUACACCAGAUGGUUCCAUGCCUCACCUGAUCGGUGAGGAAUUGUUAUUUCUCAAGGCAGUGUCCUUGUGUCACACGGUUCAGAUCAGCUACGACCAGCCAGACUGCCCGGUUGGAGGAGGAGACCCAUUUUCCCACGCAAACGGUUUCUCUUCCAAUCACAUGGAAUACUACGCCUCUUCACCGGACGAGAAAGCUUUAGUAGAGGCCACAAAGAGGAUCGGAGUGGCCUUCACUCGCAGCAGUGGAGAUACCAUGGAGAUCAAAACAUUUGGCAAAUCAGAGAAAUACAAACUGCUCCAUGUGUUAGAGUUUGAUUCUGACCGCAGGAGGAUGAGCGUCAUACUGCAGACUCCCUCAGGAGGCCAAGUGCUAUUCACCAAGGGUGCAGAGUCGGCCAUCUUGCCUUUCACUACCAGUGGAGAGAUAGAAAAGACGAGACUGCAUGUUGACGAAUUUGCCUUGAAAGGUCUGCGAACCUUGGUUGUAGCGUGUCGCCACUUCAGCCCAGAGGAGUACAUUGAUGUGGACAGGCAUCUGAACGCUGCCCGCACUGCGCUGCAGCAGAGGGAGGAGAGGCUACAGGAGGCCUUCAGCUACAUCGAGAGAGACCUGCAUCUGCUGGGAGCAACGGGGGUUGAGGACAAGCUCCAAGACAAAGUCCAGGAGACCAUUGAGGCUCUGCGGCUGGCAGGGAUCAAAGUAUGGGUGCUGACAGGGGACAAACAUGAGACAGCAGUCAGUGUCAGCCUGUCCUGUGGCCACUUCCACAGGACCAUGAAUAUCCUGGAGCUUCUGCAACAACGUUCUGAUAACGAGUGUGCUGAGCAGCUCCGCAGAUUGGCCAGGAGGAUAAAAGAGGACCAUGUUAUACAGCACGGAUUAGUUGUGGAUGGGGCCAGUCUGUCCCUAGCGUUGAGGGAACACGAGAAGCUCUUUAUGGAAGUGUGUAAAAACUGCUCAGCUGUGCUGUGCUGCCGCAUGGCCCCGCUGCAGAAAGCUAAGGUGGUGCGUCUUUUUAAAACCUCCCCAGAGAAACCCAUCACACUGGCUAUUGGGGAUGGAGCCAAUGAUGUCAGUAUGAUACAGGAAGCUCAUGUUGGCAUAGGUAUCAUGGGAAAGGAGGGUCGUCAGGCCGUGAGAAACAGUGACUAUGCAAUUGCCAGAUUUAAGUUCCUGGCUAAACUUCUGCUGGUCCACGGUCACUUCUACUACAUUCGAAUAGCUACGCUUGUACAGUACUUUUUCUACAAGAAUGUGUGUUUUAUCACACCGCAGUUUUUAUACCAGUUCUUCUGUCUGUUUUCGCAACAAACUCUGUACGACAGUGUUUAUCUGACACUGUACAACAUCUGCUUCACCUCGCUGCCCAUCCUGGUGUACAGUCUGUUUGAACAGCUGGUCCAUCCACACGUACUGCAGAAUAAACCUGGCCUGUACAGGGACAUCAGCAAGAACUCCCUGCUGUCUUUCCGGACGUUCCUGUACUGGACUCUGUUGGGCUUCUGUCACGCCUUCAUCUUCUUCUUCGGAUCGUACAUACUGAUGGGAGAGGACACCACACUUAUGGGCAAUGGACAGAUCUUGCGAGCUAACAGGCAGCUGAUGUUUGGGAACUGGACGUUUGGAACGCUGGUCUUUACUGUCAUGGUCAUCACAGUCACAUUAAAGCUUGCUUUAGAGACUCAUUUCUGGACUUGGAUGAACCAUUUUGUGACGUGGGGUUCGAUUGCCUUCUACUUCAUUUUCUCCCUCUUCUAUGGAGGCAUCAUCUGGCCGUUCCUCCACACCCAGGACAUGUACUUUGUAUUUGUACACCUGCUGUCCAGCGGUUCAGCCUGGUUUGCCAUCAUCAUCAUCGUCAUAACUUGCCUCUUUCCUGAUGUGGUUAAAAAGAUCUUCUAUCGACAUCUGCAGCCCACCGGCACACAGAAGAGUCAGUCUCUAUCAGCCCCCCAGGCGCAGGCCCUCAGCUGUGUGGAGUCCCUGUGCUGCUACCAACAUGGGCAGAGCGGCUGUUCCCGCCUGGCCAGCCUCCUGGAGCAAAUGACCGGGCAGUGCCAGGCCAGCACCAACCAUUGCCACGCAUCCAGCCGCUGCAACAGGUCUUGGAGCGACACGGAGAACUCUUAUUCCAACGAUCGAAGCAUCCUGACGCUUUCGCCCAUCGAGGCCACCCACUGCUGACUCCCAGGGCCGCUGACUCUAACACGCAGAGCUGGGGGAGAGCUUCCACUUCCACACUUCCACGCAUAAUCACCCCAACCCCUGCCACCAUUUUAGAAAGCUACUUCAGUUUAAGCUCAACGCAUUCUCAGCUGGAUGCAACGCUGACGCAUCAUGUGAAACCAAAGGAUUCGGCUCGUUGCAAGCAGGCUGCUUCAUCCUUCACCAAUUUGUUUUCCCUGAGUGAAUGCAUUUCUAGUAGAAAGUUUACGAAAGACAUCAGAUAAGAGCUGCGACGUGAAAGUAAAUAAAGCAUGAAGUGUGGAGCAAGUCAGCAUGGCAUGAAGCCAACAUCUGUGGAGCUACUCCUGUAGGAAGAUCCAGUCAGCAUCUGAGCAGCAACAAUUAUCAGAGUCCUGCUGCUUACUCAGUCACUGCGAGUCCUGCAGAAGUAUCUAAAAACAUCAUAUUCAAAUUCAGGACCCUUUUUUUUUUUUCCUUUUUUUCUUUUUUAAGUUGAAGAAGACGUGUCAGCUCGAAGGUGCUGCCCUCUGAGAUCAGCCCGGUUACAUGAACUCUCAUGCAGCCAUUCAUUUUUCAUUUUCAGCACAGUUGCCAAACUUGUUUUUCUUGCAACUGGCAUUAAAAAUGACUUUGUAAGUCUUACAUAUUUGUAGGCACAGAAUGAGGAUUCCUGACGAUCAGGACUGUCUGCUAGCUAAUGUCAGGCAGCAGCUGCUCAAAGCAUUGCAGCCUGAGGGCUGUAACGUAGCUGAGGUGGUUUGGACAUGCCGUUGACCUCACCGCAGGACUGAGGCGGCUUCUAGACACCAGUCACUAGGAUCGACCAUGUAGCACCAGGACGGAAGCUCCGCAAAGUCCCACUUCAUUAGGAGUACAUCUCGGAGGUGUCGAUGUUGCUCCCUAAAACCUCCUCUCUGAGCUGUCGCCCCCAGCCGCACCUUCUUUUUCAUUCAGAUGGAAAGGGAAAAAGCUAACUACCUGUAGCUUUCAGAGCCCUGCUGGUUCUGUGAACGUCUAGACUUGUUUCCUUAGAAACUACAGUACUCCGUAAGAUGCUGUACAAAGAGAUUCAUCUCUAACAUGGAACCAAAGACCAAAGGAUUUAGACUGGAGUGUUUAUUUUUGUGCCUGAUUGUACAGAAGCUUGUAUCGUUGUUAAGAAGACUAUUAUUGUUGUUCAUGCUGCUUUCUCGUCUGACUUUUCAGGCCUGCGUCUCCCCAAGUGCGUUGCUCUGAAGGAGACCGGAUGGGGUUUGUUUAAAAAGCCAUACAUUGUCAAGAGGAUAUAACUUUUGAUAGAUUAUUGAAGGUACUGCAGAUAGAAGCUGUUUGAGCCUGUUGUUGUUACUUUGUGUUUGGAAACUUGUUCCCCUUGAAUGCCUUUUCUCAUUCGGCCCGAUUAGCAAAGGGAUCUCUGCAUUAAAAACCACGAUGCUCAGGGAAUAUUUUGAGGUAACAGGAUCAGUGUCGAAGGCUGACUUAAUGAGGUUAUAUAGGUAGAAUCAUCCCACUCAGUUGCCUAAAAAAUAUUACCCGAGUAUUGGAUCAGAUAAUGGUACCAUUCUUGUUUCAGCGAGACAAAAAUGGCUUAAAUGGCGAGAGGCUUUUUACAAAUCACGGCUGAUGCAUGUUGACCCAGACAGCAGAAUGUCUCUAUUUUUAGACGGAUAGAUGUAUCCGAUAAAUAUAAUUCAGCUUCUACAGAGAUGGAAAGAAAAGCAGAGCGUUUGCACAAGUCACAUAUCAAAAUCACAUUUUGUCGUGUCUCAUUUGUCACCAUUGUAAUCAUCUGAAUCAUGUUUUUGCUGUUACGUCGUUCUAUCCACCUGUUGAUGAGGGGUGUGUGUGUGUGUGUGUGUGUGUGUGUGUGUGUGUGUGUGUGUGUGUGUGUGUGUGUGUGUGUGUGUGUGUGUGUGUGUGUGUGUGUGUGUGUGUGUGUGUGUGUGUGUGUGUGUGUGUGUGUGUGUGUGUGUGUGUUGGUACGUGUAAGUACGGUACGUAGCCAUGUUGUAUGCUCUUUAUACGAUCACUGUGGCCACAUGCUGCCCGCAGGUCAAAUGUUUCUCUUUGAUGCUUGGUUUGACCCCGCUUCUUCCACACAAAAAAAAAAAUAAAGGUGAAAUGAGGAAAAGUUUGAAGGUUUUUAUUUGUAGGAGAAUUCCUUUUGACUCCAGAAGUGUAGAAACGUUUCAAGACAACCGUUUUAAACUUGACAUCAACAACAACCACACCACAAUGACCAGUACAUGCCUCAGCUCACACAGGGAACGGACAGUGUCAUAGGAAGUUUCUGUUGCUGCGGUUACUGUUUCGAGAAAUCUGAGAGUCAGUCAAUUUAUUGAAUCUUCUUGAUGUUUAUUUUCUAUAUGGUACACGUUGUUUGAUGCAUACCUGGGCCUGAUAUAUCCUUUCUGUUUAUACAGGUGCAACCGGCAAUGAAAGUGUCUAUUUAUUAUUGUGGUACUUUUUUUCUGUUUGUGUUGAACUUUUCUUACAUAUCGAUAUAACGUGUGUCCUGUACAUGGCCUGAAUGCAGAAACUUCCCACAAUGUUUUACUUGAUCUAAGACAUGUAAUCAGGAGGUUGGACCUUUUAUCUAAGCUGUGUUUUUUGUUUUUGUUUUUUGCAGUGUAGUUUGGAGUUGUCAGUCUGAAAUAAACAGGAUGUUUGUAAUCUUAAAGGCCAUUUAAAAUGGCAAAGGACACCUUAAAACGUCCAGUUCGAAUACUCCAUCCUACAACCCAGCAGAUAAUGAUCAGGCCACAUUUACACAGGAAAUUACCUUAAUCAUUUGAGUUCAUAUCUGCUAUUAAAAUGUCUACCUGUAUGCACCUAUAUCUGUAAUUUGGACCUGGAUUUAGGAAAAAUGCAUGUUAAUGCGGUUUAAAAGGGGGCACUUUACUAGCUUUACUCAGUCAGUUGACUUAUCCAGGAGAGCAGUAAUAAUGUCCUCUGUGGCUCCAAACGAAGCUUUCUGAAGUCUGAGUUGUAAGACAAAUGAGGACUUGAGAGUACUUGAGGCUUCAAAUAAUUGACAGAAAACCAUCAUUAUAAACUAGAUGCAUGGAGUUUGAGAGAUGAGGGCAUAUGGAGUGGCUGUUAGGAUGCUAUUGAGAUGCUUUAUGGGAAUUGUAGGAUCCAGUGUUUCUUUAGAUUGACUCAUGCCUCACUUAACCUCUGGAUAACCUGGCUCCUGCUACAAUUUAUUUGGGCAAGUAUUUUUGUAUUUAAGUACAAUACUGAGUCCAUGAGCUCCCCUUAAAUACCGUGGAAAAAGGUCAAAUAUGAUGCAGAAGAGGCAUUGAUCUGGGAUAACCCUGCUGAUAACAUCAGUGGUUUAAACAUUACAGUCGACAGCUUCUCUGGAGCCACAGAAGAAAUCAUACAUUUCAUUUCACAGUGCAAUUCCACUGAAGGUCAGUAGAUAACAAUAUUAAAUCCUCACCCAGCCCAAAAGGUUUGACGUGCCAGGGUAAGAAAACUAAACUCCUCUUUGGAAUCAGCAGUAAACUCCAGAGGAGGGGAGAGAGUCCUUCCUGGCCAGAGGCAGAAACGCCUGCAGUGUUAGUGCACUUCUAAAGUCCCCCUUUGCUCACCUACGGAAUCCAAAGUGUUCAAAAUUAAGACAUUAUGACAAAGAUAAUCAUAAAUAAAUACAAACAUAAUAUUUAAGUGUGUCCUAUUAACAGGGAUAUACAAAUAAGCAACAAGUAGUAUUUACAUGAUAAAAACAAUGCUUCCAACAAGACUUAAAAAAAAUAAAACAAAAACAAAUAGGGUUAUUUUACAAUUUCUUUGUUAUAUAUUUAUAAUUUUGAACUCUUUGGGUUUCUAUAUUUACAUGUCUUAUGUAACUGCAUUUUUUUUAUCCAGACUGUAUAUACAGAUACUGUUUCUUUUUUUUCUUUUUUUUUGUUACACGUGUGAAAUGUAGGACCCAGAGUUAUAUCUUUUCUGAUGUUUACGUCAGAUGUGACAUAAGUAACGAUCAAGACCUGAUUUUUCCAAAGCAUCACAACACUGACGUCACCUAAGCUUCAUCCUCUGGGAUAAUUGUAGAAGAAGGAGAUUAGUCAUAAUUGAAAAAAUUGUCAUUUAAUAUUUUAUCAAGGCUAGAGUACAGAUGAUCACGUCAUCCUUUAGAAGCACCAUCCAAGUUUAAUUGGAUACCUUACUAAGAGCUGUUAAAUUCUGUCUAGAGAUGUGGUUUUAACACAUGUACUACUGCUGCAGGCAAUAUUAGCCAUUAACUGAAUGUGUAAAGACCAGAUAAAAACUGGAAAUCAGUCACUGUUUUCUGUCUUUAUAUAAGUAACCACAUCAUCCAGAGACCAGAUCCUGAACUAUUCAAUUGUCAAAUGUAUGGUUAUUGUUACCAUCAAUUACACUUAGGAACAAACACAAUUUUGCAGAAAAGAAAGCAUUUAGAAAUGCUGUCAGUGCAGAGAUGCUCUUGGAAAACCCAGUUUGCAGACCUCAGUCAAAUUAAGGUUUCCUUGAUCUAAUCAGCUAAAAGGAGGAAUCUAAAUUAAAAUGUCAACCGAUCAGUUUUCUGCCGCAGAAUAUCCUGUGACUCAGUAUCAGCCGGUAUGACUUGAGGCUGCAGAUCAAUGCUGAAGUGUUUAUUGAAAUCAUUUUUAUUCUCUUCUUUCCUCAGUAACUCAUGCUGCACCAGACUAUUAAUAAACCACCAUCAUCACUCUUUUGUUGACUGAUAUCUGUUGCUGUCUGUACUUCCUCCUCCUCCUGUCUGUUAAUCUGUCUUAUAGCUGAUGUUUAUGAAGAUGCUGUUCUAUUUACGAAAUAAAUAAAUUUUUAAGAAAU